CCCUUGUAGGGCCGCUUGUUUGGCUGCUGCCGUCACCUCAUGGCGACGCGGCUAGAAGAGGCAGCGCGGGGUAGAGGCGGCGGCGGCGCCGAAGAGGCUAUUGAGGCCGGACGGGGCGGACGGCGACGCAGCCCGCGGCAGAAGUUUGUGAUUGGCACAAUGGAAGAAGCUGGAAUGUGUGGGUUAGGGGUGAAGGCAGAUAUGAUACACAACUCUCAAUCAAAUGAUAUUCUUCAACAUCAAGACUCAAAUUGUGGUGGCACAAGUAACAAGCAUUCAUUGGAAGAGGAUGAAGGCAGUGAUUUUAUUACAAAGAACAGGAGUUUGAUGAGCCCAGCAUACUGCACGCAAGAGUCCAGAGAGGAAAUUCCUGGGCGAGAAGCUCGAAUAGAUCCUCCUGAUGGUCAGCAGGAUUCAGAAUGCAGCAGGAGCAAAGAGAAGACUUUAGGAAAAGAAGUUUUAUUAUUGAUGCAAGCCCUAAACACCCUUUCAACUCCAGAGGAGAAGCUGGCAGCUCUCUGUAAGAAAUACGCGGAUCUUCUGGAGGAAAGCAGAAAUGUUCAGAAGCAAAUGAAGAUUCUGCAGAAGAAACAAGCCCAAAUUGUGAAAGAGAAAGUUCACUUGCAGAGUGAGCACAGCAAGGCUAUAUUGGCAAGAAGCAAACUAGAGUCUCUUUGCCGGGAACUGCAGCGUCAUAAUAAGACAUUAAAGGAAGAAAAUAUGCAGCAGGCACGAGAGGAGGAAGAAAGACGUAAAGAAGCCACCGCACACUUCCAGAUCACAUUAAAUGAAAUCCAGGCGCAGCUGGAGCAACAUGACAUACACAACGCCAAGCUCCGCCAGGAAAACAUUGAGCUGGGAGAGAAGCUGAAGAAGCUCAUUGAACAGUACGCUCUGAGGGAGGAGCAUAUUGAUAAAGUGUUCAAACAUAAGGAAUUACAACAACAGCUUGUGGAUGCCAAGCUUCAGCAGACGACACAGCUAAUAAAAGAAGCUGAUGAAAAACAUCAAAGAGAGAGAGAAUUUUUAUUAAAAGAAGCAACAGAAUCGAGGCACAAAUAUGAACAAAUGAAACAGCAAGAAGUACAACUAAAACAGCAGCUUUCUCUUUAUAUGGAUAAGUUUGAAGAAUUCCAGACUACCAUGGCAAAAAGCAAUGAAUUGUUUACAACCUUCCGGCAGGAAAUGGAAAAGAUGACCAAGAAAAUUAAAAAACUGGAAAAAGAAACAAUAAUAUGGCGCACCAAAUGGGAAAACAAUAACAAAGCGCUUCUGCAAAUGGCUGAGGAGAAAACUGUCCGUGAUAAAGAGUACAAGGCCUUCCAGAUCAAACUGGACCGGUUAGAGAAGCUGUGCCGGGCGCUCCAGACGGAGCGGAACGAGCUCAACGAGAGGGUGGAGGUCUUGAAGGAGCAGGUCUCCGGGAGAGCUGCGGGCGAGGAUCCGGCGCUGCCCGCCACGCAGCCCUGCCCUGGCCCCGAGGCCCCCAAGGAGCUGAACACUGCUUCUAGAAGCGCCCCGGGGGGCCCCCUGGACGCCGUCCCCAGGCCCGCGAAGGAGAAACCGGCCGUGUCUGCAGGUGCCGCGCCGGGCAUCGAGUCUGUUGACUGAAAGGAAGUAUGAUCACUGUAUCGAGAGCUCUAUUUUGUGUAUAACUUUCUGUUAGUAGUAACUAUUGGUUUUGUGGUGAAAAUUUUCUUACUUUUUCUACCAUAUCUGUAUUUUCUUAGAACUACUGGACUUACGUGGUACAGGAGGCUGCUUAGCAGUUUUGAAUAGUUUUCCUCUAUACAUUUUCCUCAGCCGUGUUGCACAUCUGCCUCAUUUCCCUUCCAUGGAAUGCAUGUGACCAUCACCUUGUCCUAUUUUCCCUGUUCCUUGGACAGAAUUACUCAAAUUUCACUCGAGAUAGGGCCGAUCCUCACAAGGGAACUUUGUUCUGAUAAUGGUUCCCUGAUGUGAAAACAAUAUUGAUUCAAACAUCCCGCUCCUCCAUUCAUAUAACUCAAAAAAAAAAAAAAAGAUGAUUUAGUUUUAUCUAAUAGCCCACUUUAAUGCCAAGUAAAAAUAAACUAGGGUUGGGCCAGAAAUAAGCAUAGCAUCUUUGAUUCAAAUUAGCUUUUUGAUAAUAUUUAUAUCCAGUUGACAUGGCUGCAAGCCUUGAAUAC